CUUACUCCUACUACAGCCAUGUUGUUGUUGCGAUCACGUUUUGCCGCCCGCAAAUACUUAUGAGUAGACGACGCUAACGAGUAAUGGUAUUAUAAUUCAUUUGAUAUCGCAUCCUCACGGCUCACUCGUCAUUCGAUUGCGGUGAUUUGUUUAACACGAUCGACGACCGGCAUCGUACUGCAAGACGAGCGGAACUUUUCCACUGAACCAUAAGACGAACGGGUAAGCGAUAACGCUUUCGGCCGUACUCCUAACUGCACAUUCAGAACUCUGUUUAUACCCGGUUCAUUGAAUCGACACACGCCCUUGGUGAUUAUUAAACACAACAUUGCAAAAAUGAGUGAACCGACGCCUGAAAAUAACCCUGCUCACGCAUUGGGUGCUGGAGUUUGGGUAAAAGUGGUCAAUCGUAUUUGGUGGCCUGGUAUAGUUGUAGAUCCUAUUACGGUUCCAGAAGAUUUAUUUGAAUAUGUACAAGAAGUUAAGCCUGUUGCUGUUGUUAAAUUUGAACAAGAAAACAAAUAUCAAGUUGUCCGCUCAAGUGAUCCAAUAUUCCUAUACACAUGUGAUCGCAAAAUGGAAUUUGUAGAAAAGGGUUAUUCAUUGUAUAAAAAUCAGAAGAAAGGUUUACCCGUCAUAGGUCAAUAUGACAUGGACAACUUUAAGAAAGAUGUAGUAUUAUUGGAGCGUCUUACUGGAGGUAAUACGUCUAUUUUUCAAAAUAUAGAUCAAAAACAAGAAGAGGUGAAGGCCGCCAAACAAGGUUUUACUCCAACUAAUACAAAAAAAUCCAAAAAGAAAGAAGCCAGUAGAAAAUCUUUAUCAGUGCCUAAAACUCCAAAAACCGCCCCCAAAACCACUCCCCAAACCACCCCCAAAUCCACUCCCAAAACCCAACCAAUUCUUGUUUCCGUACCGAAAACAGCAGCUCAACCAAGAGCAGCACCAAGACCAAGAAUAUCACCACAAUCAAAAGUUGUUAAGACAUUUUUACAAACGCCAUCAACUGCUUAUAGUUGUCAUUCACGAGUUGGCUGUAACUUCACAACUAAUCGCUAUACUAAUCUGAAACGGCAUAUGGCAUUGCAUAAAGAUGAUACUGAUAUUACUGAAGAUACUGAUGUGGUUUCAGUCAAGAAACCAUCAACUCGCUCCACUUCAAAUAAGCGAAAGAAUUUAAGGACUAGAUCAUCAGAGAUUAAAAAACAAAAAUUACAAGAGGAAUUAUUGAAAGAUUGGGAAAACGAUGGGGAGGAUGAAGAAGUUGAUCUAAGUAAAGAACAAUCAACGAGUAAAGAUCAAAUGUCUAGUGAUGUCGUACAAUUGCCUAGUAAUGUUGUGCAUUCAACUGAGGAAGUUGUACCAACAAAUGAAGUACAGUCUUCAAUUAAUGUUGUACAAUUGUCAAAUGAAGAAGUUGUACAAACCACGAGUAAUGUUUUAUCAAGCAAAAAUGAUGUUGUACCAACCAUAAGUAAUGAUAUACCCACAGGUGAAGUUCAAGAAACUAUUACUAGUUCUAAUAAAGUGUUUGAUUUUAAUGAAAAUGACAACAAUAUUCCUGUUGUAGAACUAAGACAAAGCAAAUCUGAUUGUAGUCCUACUGUAGAUGGUGAUAUACUUGAUACAUUUGAAUCUCGGGUAACUUCAGAUUUUAUAAAUAAUACAAUUUUUGAAGCAUCGCCAAAGGAGACACCUUUGGUUGAAAAAACUACAGAAGAUUCUUUCAAUAAACCUCAUGAUAUCCAUUCUAAUGAGUUUGAUGAUCAAACAAGAAGUACUGAACUAUUAUUAGAUACAACGGUAAAUGUAUUAGAUCAAAUAAAUAAUUUUAAAAAUUCAUUGAGUGGUAUUUCGAGUAGUAUAAAUGAACCUGAUGCUAAUAUAUUGACUGGAGAUAACAAUGUUGUUAUUGAUGUAUCUGAGUCAUGUGGUGAUGAAUAUCUUGAAAAGCCUACUAGUCUAAAUAAAGCUAUUCACACAGAGACUAAUGGCAUUGGUAUUCCAUUGGUUGAAAAUGUAUCGAUUGAAACAGAAGACUAUGCAAUUGUUGGGGAGAAUACUAAUGAUAAAGAAAUAGUUUCAAAUGAUGUAGAAGUCAAUCAAUCAAAUGGCACCACAAUCGAUAAAGAUAUGCAUAUCGAGAACUCAUGUUCUAUAGAUAGUAUUUCCAAUAAAAUUAAUUGUGAAGAAAAAAUCUCAAAAAAAAAAGUUAAUUUGCCAAACACACAAUGGACAGACAAAGAUUGGAAAUCAUUCCCAGAAUCGGGCUUGGCAGAAGCCACACGUCGGUUGGAAAAAGAACUGAUGACGACUUAUACGCCCCAAUGCAAUGAGUGCCACACAAACGAAGUGAUAUCCUUAGGAGAUUGGGUAUUUACAUACCCAGAAACUUCUUCCAAGCCUGAAAUUACUUCCAAGGCUCAAAUUACUUCAAAGCCGCAAAUUCAAGAGACGGCGCAGAAAAAUUUUAUUGCAUGCCCUUCCGUGGAAAUAGUUGUACCCCUCAGUUAUGGACCAUAUCCGACAAUAGAAGAAUUGAAUGCUAACCCCCUUACGGAGGAUUUGAAGACAAAAAUGUUUGAACAAAUAUUAUUACAAUUGAGGAUUGAUGAAAAAUUUAAAUAACAUUCUUUCCUCAGUAGUGAUUUUCUGGUGGCAUGUAAAAACUGUUAAUGUUCAAAAGGAAUUUAGCCGCUACACCGGCUUUACCCAAAUAAGUACACACGUAGUCAGUAAUGUGUUAAACUAUACAGUAAUUGUAUAACGCAGCUACUUUGUCCUCUCCUCUCUGCUUCUGUGUGUAUAAUAUAUUAUAGAACCUAUGUUCUAGCGACGAGUAUCGUUCACCUCUUCCCACGGAACAACGUCUAGUUUACGUACCUUGUGUAUAGUUGAUGAUCGAUCUUUUUUUUAUGAUUCUUGACAUGCCUAUCACGAUUUUAUAUUCUAUAAUAAUAUUAUUGUGUGAUCUUCAAAUUUGAGAUUAUUAUUUUUCGGCGAUUUCACGAGCGUUUUAUCUCGACGUUUCCCAUUUUGUUUAUUUUUUUUUUACUUUAACUUUAAUUAAUCGUUUUUGUUUCUUACGAUUUCCAUAAUUUAUUAAAUAAUUGCGCAAGGAAUUAUUAUAUCAUAAUAUUUAAUUUAUUUUCAUGUUACAAUGUCACUGGAAAGGCGUAUCAAUUGUACUCUUAGGUGACUCGCGUAAAAGCUUUCAAAUAUUUAUUAACACUUGUUAAUUUUUAAUUUUUUAAAGUUUCUACGUUACGCCGUGUAUAGGUAUAAUAUUGAUACAU